UCUAGCUGCAGCAGUAGCGUCGGAGGCUGCAGCUGCGGCGGUGGCUUCGGAGACUCCGGAGUCUUUGCAGGUUGAGGAAGAGGAUUCCGAUCCUCUCCUUCCUCAGGUCAUAAGAAGCUGGCCGUGGUGCAAUAAGGAACUUAAAACAAUGGAGGAGCGGAAACUGAAGAGGCGGAGUCCUAAGUCUUUUAGUGCCCACUCUACUCAGGCUGUUAAUGCCAAAAAAAAUGCCAUUCCAGUUAGUAAAAGCACAGGGUUUUCAAAUCCUGCAUCACAGUCAACUUCCCAGCGACCAAAGUUAAAGAGAGUGAUGAAAGAAAAGACCAGACCUCAGGGAGGAGAAGGAAAAGGCACACAGCCGGCUCCCAUUCAGCACUCCUUCCUCACCGAUGUCUCAGACGUUCAGGAGAUGGAGAGGGGGCUUCUCAGCCUUUUGAAUGAUUUCCACUCCGGAAAACUUCAAGCAUUCGGAAAUGAAUGUUCCAUUGAACAGAUGGAACAUGUUCGGGGAAUGCAGGAGAAAUUAGCUCGUUUGAAUUUGGAGCUCUAUGGGGAGUUAGAGGAACUUCCUGAGGAUAAGAGAAAAACAGCCAGUGACUCCAAUCUGGACAGGCUUCUGUCUGAUUUAGAAGAAUUGAAUUCUUCCAUGUAUCCUUUUGCCUAAUAUCAACAGUGAAAAGUUUACAAAUUAUAACUUCUGGUGAAUACCUCAAUCAAUGAACAAAGACACCCAUGAUGAUUUACUGGGGCCAUUUCUCUUCUCUUUUGGUUUCCAAAUGGAAUUUUUAGUUGUUUUGUAUGCUACAAUUUUGUUUGUUUCUCAUUUGUUCUGCUUUGCUUUGUACUGUUUUUGGAUUUUUAAAACAAAUUUUUAAAAAUCAACCAAGAGAAUUGAGGAUUGGGUUAGUGGCCGUAGAAAUUAUCUCGAAUCUUAGAUUCUUAAGUUAAAUAGCAGUUGGAUAUGCAGACAUAAUAUGCCAUGCUUAGUUUCCUGUCGUUACAUAGAAUACUUUAGAUGCAUAUACAAGGUGUAUUAUAGGAGGAGCUUAAAAGAAAUCACCAAGGCGUGUGUAAAAUAUUCAGGUUUUGACAUUACAAUUUGGAGCAAUUAUUUCAGGAACUUUUCAAAACGUGUUUUUGGACAUAGUCCUAGGCACAACGUGAGAUAAAGAACAAUGAGAAAUGAUCCUGCCUAUAAAAUAAUUUGAGAGGUAUGACAUCCUUCUGAACUAAAUAAUGAGAUACCAAAAAGGAUACUGGUUGUAGGGUCAAGACAUUUGAUUUUUGAAAUUUGGUUCUGAUAAUUUUGCUAAUUAACCUUGGGUAAAUUGCUUAACAUUUCAGAGUGUCCUCUGUAAUAUGGGAUAAUUGCUGCAUAUAAUGAUGGAGUAAUUAUCUAGUUUUUCUAAACUAAUAUAUAUAUAUAUUUAUAUAUAUAUAUAUUACUAUUAUUGUUGUAACAGAUACUGUUACUACUUGCUAAACUAUGCAGUAACAAUGAAGAAAUAAGUAUAUGCAAAUCCAGUGAUAACGAUUAAUAGUUAAUCUUAAUUGAGUACUUACUAAUUGCCAAGUAUUUUAUGAAGGGCUUUACCUGCAUUUUCUCAUUUGGUCCUACCCUUAUAAGUAGGUGGUGUUAUACUUCCCAUUUUACAGAUGGGUUUUUGAGAAGCCACAUAAACUGUGGGGAAACAUUAAUGUAACAUAUCCUUGCUAAGAAAGACUUGAAUAUGGGGAUAAGAUAUGAGUUAAUUAGGGGGCUUCUCUUAGUAGUAAUGCCUGGUGCUUUUUUCUUUUCUUUGUACUCAUUUUGAGCUUCAUAUUCUAUGCUUUGUACUCUUUCUAUGCUUGUGACAUGUCAGUAUCUCCUAUCCUCUUAUCUGAGUUUUUGUUAGACAUUUAGACUCAUUUAUCUCACCACUUUGCCUGAUUCAACCACCACAGUUAAACAAGGCAACAUGACGGAACACAAGAGCAUGGGCUCUAGGUUGUUUGGUUUCAGAUCUUGGGAAGCAAGUGUGUAGCUUUAAGGCAAAUAUAGUUUCCUCAUUUGCAAUAAAUGUUCUCUCUAUAUUCAUACUUUCCUCCUAAUUUCCUUCUCUGUCAUCGGUAGCCUCUGUUAUUUUCAGUCUCCAAAGGUUAUUUAAAUCCCUUCUAUGAUUAGACCAGACAUUGCUACUUGGUCGUGGAACUAUCUGCCAUUGAGCCGGGACAUGGACAUGGAAUGAUUUGCCACUUCUUGAUUACAUUUAGUUGUCAGGCAUCGUCGGUUCUGCCUUUUAUUCCUCCUUCAUCCCCUAUCCUCAUCCCUUUAUUCCAUAACCUUUCAGAUUUCUGUUCCAGCUCUGGAGAUGCACUGUCCAAUAUGGCAGCCACUAGCCACGUAGCUACUGAGCACACAAAACGUGACUAAUAUGAAUUGAAAUGUGCUAAAAGUAUAAUUUGUACACCUGAUUUCAAAGAUUUAGUAUAAAAAAAUAAUGUAAAAUGUCUCAAGAUUUUUUAUGAUUGCAUGCUGAAAUGACAGCUUUUUUAUAUAUUAGUGUGAAUAAAAUAUAUUUUAAAAAUUA